AUGAAAUGGAAGGACGGCUACGACGAGAGAAACACCAUGCUGAACGUGAAACUGUCGAAAACCAUCGGUCUGUAUCAAAUUUUGGACCCGAAAAGCCCGCGGACGUUCGGCUACAACGUUUACCACGUUAUCGCGACGGUGCUGUUGGCGUACGAAAUGGUCGUGCUGUCGCUGUCGCUGACGGGCAUCUAUUAUUGGAUCAGUAACCUGUCGUACAUGGCCCCGCAAAUCGGAUACUCCACGAACGUCCUGUGCACGUGUUACAAAAUAUGGCUACUGAUCCAGCACCCCGGACGGCUGAGAAGUUGCAUCGAGGUGGCCUGCAUCGAUUUCAUGGCGACCGGACGCUUUGGCGCGGCGCUCUUCCGGCGGACACGCGCCAAAACGAUCAGGGUCACCAGGGCUUACGUGAUGAUGGGUUUUCUGAUACUGUCCAUGUACAUCGUAACCCCGCUGGUUUUCAACGAUAACUACUUGCUGCUGAAGGGCCCCGACGGCGUACGGCACCAGUACCAUCUGAGCGUGUUCAACGUGUUCUUCCCGGUGACCAGCGCGGCGUACAACAGAUUCUUCAUGCUGUUCCACGUCUUCGAGAUCGUGUUCGGUUACGUAUGGGUCGUCUAUUCGCACGUUUUCGAUCUGUUCGUGGUGACCAUGUGUUACGCGAUAUCCUGCCAGCUGAACACGAUCGGCGUUGUUUUCGCGACGCUGGGGCAAAAGAUGGCCGAUUACCGCGGCGAGUGUAAAACGACAAUAACACGCGUCCAUAAUGACCGCGAAACUACAGGUUGUCGAGGUUCCACAUUGUGUAUUAAGAGGAAUCUCUUUUGUCCAUAG